AUGGACUCCUUCAUCCUGUCCGUCAACGGGGUUCUUCACACUCCAGGAGACUCGAUGGACAGAGAAGACCCCUUUUCCGGUCCUCUCGCGUCCAUCGCCCCCUGGAACUACACCUUCCUGGCUUGUCUCAUGUUCAUCAUCACCUCGGUGUCCCUCACGGAGAACUUCACCGUCAUGCUGGUCACCUUCAGGUUCAAACAGCUCCGGCAGCCUCUGAACUACAUCAUCGUGAACCUCUCCGUGGCCGACUUCCUCGUGUCCCUCAUCGGUGGCACCAUCAGCUUCCUCACCAACGCGCAGGGUUACUUCUUCUUGGGCAAGUGGGCCUGCGUGCUGGAGGGCUUUGCCGUCACCUUCUUCGGGAUCGUGGCGCUCUGGUCCCUCGCCAUCCUCGCCUUCGAGCGUUUCUUCGUCAUUUGCCGUCCUCUCAAGAACGUGCGCCUGGGGGGUCGUCACGCUGCUCUGGGCCUGCUCUUCGUCUGGACCUUCUCCUUCAUCUGGACGAUCCCACCCGUGUUCGGCUGGAGCAGCUACACGGUCAGCAAGAUUGGCACCACGUGUGAGCCCAACUGGUAUUCUUCGGAUUUUUCGGACCACACCUACAUUAUCACCUUCUUCACCACCUGCUUCAUCCUGCCUCUGGGAGUCAUCAUUGGGUCAUAUGGAAAACUCAUGCAGAAGCUGAGGAAGGUUUCCAACACGCAUGGGAGGCUGGGUAAUACCCGCAAGCCAGACCAGGAAGUUGCCCGCAUGGUCAUUGUGAUGAUUGCAGCAUUCAUGGUGGGAUGGACCCCCUACGCGGCCUUCUCUAUCACUGUCACCAUCUGUCCAACGAUCCAUCUGGACCCGCGGGUUGCCGCCAUUCCCGCCUUCUUCUCCAAAACAGCUGCCAUCUACAACCCCAUCAUCUAUGUCUUCAUGAAUAAGCAGUUUAGGAAAUGCCUGAUCCAGCUUUUCAAAGGCAACAGUGCCGCCCUGAGCACACACCUGAAUCCCACGUCAGAUCGAGCGCCCGGCACGGCAGAGAGCAAGCUAGGCGAAAUGUCCACCAUUGCGGCCCGUAUCCCGGUAUCUGGUAGCAGCGUGGAGAGACCCGAGGAGGAGCACAGCGAAAGCAUCAGCACUGUCACUGAAAACAGAGUGUGUCCUGUUUAG